AAACCGAGGGUAGGAACAGGGGAAGGGGGUGUGGUCUGUUCUCACAGCGGAGGUCGCGCACCCGCUCUCCUGCGGGAAGCUGCGGGCGGGCGAGCGGCUGCGCGCGCAGUCCAGCUUAGGCUCCUCCCCGUCCCGGCUCCAGAGCCGGCGAGUGGCUUGCUGCUUCUCCGCCCUCCGAGAUGGCGCUGGACCCCGCAGAGCAGCAUCUCCGACAUGUUGAGAAAGAUGUCCUGAUCCCAAAGAUAAUGAGAGAGAAGGCCAGGGAAAGGUGUUCUGAACAAGUUGAAGAUGGUGACCUGCAGCUUGUCAUAUCCAUACAACUUACUCCGACCUCCAGACAUCAUGUACCCAGGUCAGAUUUUACCAGAUGUUGCAAGGACUCCGGGAUCCUUAUGGUAUUAAAAUGCCGUAAAGAGAAUUCUGCGCUGAAAGACUGUCUAACUGCUUACUAUAAUGAUCCAGCCUUCUAUGAAGAAUGCAAACUGGAGUAUCUCAAGGAAAGGGAAGAAUUCAGAAGAACUGGAGUUCCUACCAAGAAAAGGCUCCAGAAGCUUCCCACAAGCAUGUAGGCAAACAGUGAGUCAGACGUCCCAUCAUGGAAGCCAUCUGUAGUGUCAAUCAAACGAUGGACUGGAACAACGUUGCUCAUCCUAAUCAUGAAAACAUUCAUUUUUUUUAAUGAAAUAAAAACAUUUAUUUCAGAGUUCUGGCUUAUUAAAUAUGGGAUGGGGAAAAUAAAUAAAGUUUUCCUGGCCUUAACCCAA